CACACCGUGCUUUAUGUAAGUGGCCCGCGUGCAGCACGUAUAUAGCACGUUGUAUAUCCAAUUUGGUUCGCUAUGUACGCACUAGUUCGCUUUCUAGAUAACGACCACGCACAUGACACUCGCCGGUACGUUGUGCCAGUGGACGAUAUCCGCGAUUUUCAUCCGAAGCACGAGACAGACUUUGACGGCAAGGCAGUGUAUGUUGUGCACUGGGUGGACAAUGUAGACAACGACAACACGGGUGAUUAUACAGCGCAGAUACUUCGACUUGGUGCCACAGAGAAAGAAGCUCGCGAAUCGCCGAAAAGAAUCCCGAUCCCUAAAAUGAUGUUUCAUCAAAACUUGGACGAUGACGAAGCUGUGGCCAAGAAGGCCACUGCAGCAAGAAACAAAAGAACAGCUUUCAACCGGGCUGCAGCAAAGAAAGACCGGUACGAGCAGAUUCUGAAAAAACAGAUGAGCCACGCUCUCGGAAAAAACUCGGAACAAACUGUGAGCAUAUACUAG